CGGAGCUCGGAGCUGCUCGCUCGGGGCCGGGCUCCGCUCUCCGGGCCCGCCGGCGAUGCCGGCCCCGGGCUGAGCCCCCCGCCCGGCCAUGCUGCCCUGCGGGGCCGUGCUGUGGCGCAGGCUGCUCAGGAAGCGAUGGGUCCUCGGCGUCGUCCUCGGGCUCUCGCUCGUUUAUUUCAUCACCAGCACCUUCAAGCAGGAGGAGAGGAUGGUGAGAGAUCGGAAUCUGCUCCAAGUGCAGGAGCACGAGCAGCCCAUCCUGUGGAAGGUGAAGUUCAGCUCGGGGAACAGCAGCCAGCUGAGCAACCAGUGCAGGAACUCUGUGCAGGGGAAGCUCCUCAUUACAGAUGAACUGGGCUACAUCUGUGAGAGGAAGGACCUGCAGGUGAAUGGCUGCUGCAAUGGCAACGUGGCCAGCACGAAGCUGUACAGCUGUGACAGCUGCCUGCCCAACGGCUGCUGCAGCAUCUAUGAGUACUGUGUGUCCUGCUGCCUGCAGCCCAGCAAGCAACACCUCCUGGAGCGGUUCCUGAACCGGGCAGCGAUCGCUUUCCAAAACCUCUUCAUGGCAGUGGAAGAUCACUUUGAGCUGUGUCUGGCCAAAUGCAGGACUUCAUCACAGAGUGUGCAGCAUGAGAACACCUACAGAGACCCAAUUGCCAAAUACUGCUAUGGAGAGUACCCCCCAGAGCUCCUGCCUGUUUGAGAGCUGCAGAUCUGAGCAGCAGAAGGAAGGAACUGGAGACUCAGAUCCACAAGAACAAGACAGCAGCUGUUGCUUUGCCAAAGCCUCAGUGUAAAAAGCUUGUCUUGUAUGUGGGGGCAAACCCAGAGGUGAAGAGAGGAAGUAAGGAACUUAAGUUCUUCAGGACUGAAUCUUGCUUUCUUCAAUUUAUUAUGCACCUGCUUUGGAGUGCUGGUACUGUGCUGCUGUGCCAGUGCAUUCUUUGAAUACUUCCUCUAAAUUUCAGGAAUCAUGGAGUCAAAAUAGGCUAUAGAACAUCAAGGGAAAAAUACCUAACGUGGCUUUGCAGCUGUAAAUGGAGGUUCAGUUGUGUCUCUGCAGUCCAGAGACUUUCCAGAGUGACUGUAG